UUGAAUAGUUGUACUCAGCAAAUACAAGAGCUCCUAAACUUGUAAUCACUAGUCAGCCGGGGCAGGAAAAUGCUUUCAAGAGCUCUCCUCCUUUUCUUCAGUGGGAUUAUAUUAAUAGGAAAUGGGACUACGCAGAGACAUCCAAGAGACAAAAGAUACAAUCUGAAGGUGCACAUUAAUGCCACUCAAGAUACAAUCACUCUUAAGUUUAUUAAACCAAGCCCUGACACAAAACUUGAAGGGUUUAUCUUAGGAUAUGGAAGCAGUAUAUUUGCCAAGCAGUUCAUUGCCUUGCCGGAAAAUGGAGAGCCUUACAUAACUGAAGUUGUUGCAGAACCAAAGUACUUGAUUGCAGUGCAACCCAUUCCACCCAAUGAUAUGAAGAAACACUGCACAGGUCAAGUGAACAUACACAAGCCACUGCAACUGAUUAUUGGAACAGUGACACCAACCUCUGUUCUUCUGUCCUGGGGUGCUAUGCUCAGAUCUCCGUUUCAAGAUAAUAUAAUGAAUGAAUGCAUGGAAGAUGGAUACUUUACAAUCCGGUACAGGGAAAAGGAAAAUAACAGGAAAUGGACCUAUCAAGACUGUCCAACAACAGACACAGUGAUUGACAAGCUAAGACCAAGCACUCAAUAUGAAUUUUCGGUGAGGCCUUGUAAAGAAAACAACCGUGGUGUAUGGAGUUCACCUGUCACUCAGCAGACACAUGAUACUUCAAGAAGCAUCCAACAAACAAACAAUCAACGGACAACAACCAACGGAAGGAUGCCUAAAGGUCCACAUGACAAACCUCAGCCAUAUGCUUCAAGGAUUAUUUUAAAGCCUGGCUUCAACAAGACAUAUACCAGACCUAUUUCUUCAAAAGUGAAUGGGCGUCCAUCUCCAUCAAAGCCAGCUAAUGUGCCAAGUGAAAUGAUUCAAGAAUCUUUCCAGACAUCAAAAUCCAAAGUAGCUGCCUGGCCACAGGUUGCCGUGGGUAACGCAGAAAGUAAAGAGCAUGGCAUAAAAAAGAUUACACCAUCAAUGAAGAUUGUACCUUUUACAUCCUCCAGUCAUCAGGAAGCUGGAAAUUCAACUACUACCUCAGUCCCUCCAGUUACUUUGCUUUACAUUAAGGAGGACAAACAGAUGGAGAAAAGUCAACAUAAACUAACCUAUAGUACAACUCAGCCUCCCAAGAUUUACCAGGCUCAUGUUGUAGACCUUCAAGGAAACCCUCCUCCCAAGCCAGCUAGUACAACCCCGACAACAAUGAUUCACUUUGAUAAAGCAGACUUCAUUAGGAAAAGUACUUCUCCUUCUCUGGUUGAAGUUCCACCUACCAUCCCCAGCAUUUUGAAAAAGAAAAUCUCAGCUACUGUUUUGACUUCAAGAGAUGGCGCAAGACUUUGGGGUCAAGGAUAUUUGAAGCCAAAUAACACAAGACAAAGAACAAAGCCUUUCUGGGCUGAUAAAGGAGAACAAUACAAAGGAAUAUCAAAGACAAAACCACCUCCUGUUGUUGCACAGGGGCUAGGAAUCAAUUUGGCAGGGGAAGAUGCUGUAACUCCAGAAAGGACAAAGCAGCUUGACUCUGUAAAAAAUAACUCCCUUGAACUCACUCCUGCUGUUAAAAAAAAUUCAGCAGGAGAUAACUUUCCAGUUACAGAGAGCAGACAGCAGUUCAACACUUAUAGAAGUAGUUCUACUGACAGUACCCCAGAUUUUACCAAGCCACAAACAGAGUAUGGGCCUACAGGUUCAGAGAGAGGAGAUCAGCUAAUUUCUGUUACAAAUGGUUCCAAUAAACCUGAGGGAACUGUAAAAAUGCAACACCCAGGAGAAGAGACUACUGUUUCACAUAGAACAAUCUCCAUUAGAAACAAUUCAGUUGAUUUAAAAUCUACCAUUCAAAGCCAUUAUACAGCAGGAGAAGUCACUACAACUACAACCACAACAAUCCAACAGAGCUUUAUUAAAAAUGGUUCUACUAUAAGUCCAGCCACAACAACUCAACCCAGCUCUAUUAGAAAUGGUUCUCCUGUAAUACCUGCCAAAACAACUGAACCCAGCUCUGUUAGAAACAGUUCUCCUGUAAUACCAGAAAAAUCAACUGAACCCAGCUCUGUUAGAAAUGGUUCUCCUAUAAUACAUGCCAAAACAACUGAACCUAGCUCUGUUAGAAACAGUUCUCCUGUAAUACCUUCCAAAGCAACUGAACCCAGCUCUAUUAGAAACAGUUCUCCUGUAACACCAGAAAAAUCAACUGAACCUAGCUCUGUUAGAAAUGGUUCUCCUGUAAUACCAGAAAAAAAAACUGAACCCAGCUCUGUUAGAAAUGGUUCUCCUGUAAUACAUGCCAAAACAACUGAACCCAGCUCUGUUAGAAAUGGUUCUCCUGUAAUUCCAGAAAAAACAACUGAACCCAGCUCCAUUAGAAAUGGUUCUUCUGUAAUACCUUCCAAAACAACUCAACCCAACUCUAUUAGAAAAAGUUCUCCUGUAACACCUGCCAAAACAACUGAACCCAGCUAUACUAAAAAUGAUUCUACUGUAAUACCAGAAAAAACGACUGAACCCAGCUGUGUUAGAAACUGUUCUCCUGUAAUACCUGCCAAAACAACUCAACACAACUCUAUUAGAAAAAGUUCUCCUGUAACACCUGCCAAAACAACUGAACCCAGCUCUGUUAAAAAUGAUUCAAGUGUAUUUCCAGCAACUACAGUCCAAAGUAUCUCUGGCAGAAAUGGCUCUCUUCUAAAUCCAGCCACAACAAGUCAUCCCCGCUCUGUUAGAAAUGAUUCUACUGUAAUUCCAGCCACAACAACUGAACCCAGCUCUGUUAAAUAUGGUUCUGUGCAUCUCGACCUCAAUAUUACAAAUCAACUUACAGCAACAGAAGGCACUACAGUUUCAGAGAAAGGAAGCCGACUGAAUUUUUUCACAAAUAUUCAAACUGAAGCUGAUCCAGCAUUGACCAAUAAAUAUAGAGUGAACAGUGAUAAAGAUUUGGACCCAGAAAAUCAAGGAACCUCAUUUAGAAAUAUUACCAGUGAACCUGUCACAUCUGUGGCAAAGCCAGCAGGAAAAGUUUCUGGCAAUCAUAAACAACCUAUGGCCAACAGAUCUAAUUCAGUUCCUCCUAGAAAACAAGGUAGUUCUCUUCAGAAUUUGCCAUCAGCUAACAAGUUGAUACCAAAUGUUGUUGAGGGAAAGCCAGGCGAAAGUGGUAAAAAGAUGGAGUUGGAUAUAGACAAAUCUUUCAUUUUUGACAAGAUUUCUGCAACACAAAAACCAGCAAAAGAAGAAAGAAAGUGGAUAACUACCACUGAUGCACCAAACAUAAAUGCAAGCAGAAUGGAACCUAUAGAUAAUUCUUCAGUCUUCACUUCAUUUCCUGUAACUGAUGUUGAUGCAAUGGGAAAGGAACGUUUUGUAGCUCCACAUGUGAAAUAUGUGCACAAAGAGGACAAAGUCCCUUGCUCAAUCACAGAAACCAUGAGGCACUUCCCUGAGGAAGAUAUUAUAAAUCAGGACAUCAACAGCCCACCAAAACACCCACCGUCCAACUUGACAGUGGUCACAGUUGAAGGCUGUCCAUCCUUUGUGAUUCUUGAUUGGGAAAAAGUCAAAAAUGAUACUGCAACAGAAUAUGAGGUUAUUUCUAAGGAAGAGGGAUCUACGGGUAAAGAGGAAUCUGUAUUGACAACCAACCAAACACACACUGCUGUGGAAAACCUGAAACCAAACACAAGUUAUGAAUUUAGAGUAAAACCUGUAAACAUCCUGGGAGAAGGCCCACAAAGUGAACCAGUAACUUUCAGUACUGAAUCAGCGGACCCACGAGUGAGUGAGUAUGUUUCAGGAAAAGAUGCCAUUUGGACGCAGAUCCCAUUUAAAGCCGACUCAUACUCCGAGUGCAAUGGGAAAAUGUUUGUCAAAAGAACUUGGUACAGGAAGUUUGUUGGUAUCCAGCUCUGCAACUCCCUGAGAUACAAGAUUUAUCUCAGUGAUACUCUGACAGGGACAUUUUACAACAUUGGAGAUCAGUCUGGUCAGGGAGAAGAUCAUUGCCAAUUUGUAGACUCAUUUCUUGAUGGAAGGACAGGCAAACAAUAUCCACCUGAUCAGCUGCCACCAAGACAAGGCUUCUACAGAUCAGUCCGUCAAGAACCGGUUUCUUUUGGUGAAAUAGGAGGAAGAACCCAUGUAAGUUACGUACAGUGGUAUGAGUGUGGAACAACGAUACCAGGAAAAUGGUAACACUUUCCUUAUGGCCUGUGGACAAAUGGAUUGUAAAGGGCAGAAGAAAAUGGGGGAAUGAAUUUGAACUUUUUUUCAAAAAUAAAUAUUCCUAACAUGUAAACCUCAAUUUUACUAAUGUGGAAAAUGUAUAUAGCAUCUCUAUCAUUUAAGAAUUUUACUGAGUGUAUUUCUAAUAGUGGAAAUUGCUAACCAUAUUUAUCAAACUGAAAAGUCAAAAUGAAUUUAAAAAAAUGAACAAGGGGAAUUUAUACCAGGAAAAUAUUGGGAAGCUGGCUCCCUGAAACUAUUUUGAUUACAAUCUGUAUAUUAUUAUUUAUCAAUAUUUUAGAUUGAAUGUUAUCUUUUCGUUGAUGAGAGUUUAGGGUAAAGUUCAUUCAUUCAUUCAUGCAGGCCACAUUAUAAGACAAACUGUUGUUGCAGGAAAUACACACUUGCAUUCCAGUAACUUUGCUUAUUGUACACAAUGGCUACAUAUUCAUGUAUUUUCUUUUCUGUUCACAGUUUAUGGUAAAGUUAUUGAAGGUGUACUUUAAUCUGUUUCACCAGUGCGUCAAUUAGACAAAAAUCUGAUUAAGAUUUACUAGAAAUAUUCAAACAACUGAUGUACCUUUUUAAAAUCAUUUGUUCAGUUUUUUUUUUUGUUAAGUGAUGGCAGAUACUUGGCCUUCUCUUCUUGGAGUUAGGUUCAGGAAAUUGUCAUGAUUUCAUUUUUCACAAUAAAAGUAUCAAAGUGUAAUAUAUGCGAGUUCAGAAUCCAUACAAUGACCUACAGUGUUUGGUUCAUGCCCAAAUAUGGACUCUAUUGACAAAAAAUGUAUGUAAGGGUUGCAUAUCGACAGGACAAGAUCUAAAGCAGGUCACUACCAUGAUUUAAAUAAUAAAAAAGCUAAAUCUGAACUUGCCAUUAAUCCAUUAAUUUGGGGAUUUGCAAAGCACAGAGUAAAGCACAACUGUCUACACAUUUCCACAAUGUGAGUAGAUUGAUCCUUAUUUAUAUAUGUAACAAGAACAGAAAAAAAUCAAAUCAAGUCUCAAUAAAUAUUUAGGAUAUACUAUUAAAAUGAAGUGCUUGGCAGCAAAAUGCACACUUUUUGCAUUGUUGUGUGUAGUUAUAGGCAGCACAAGUUUGACUUACUCAAAGUCUCAGCAUUUUCUCCAACUCUGGAGUAUCUUACAGGUUGGUGCUUAGGUGAACCUUCAGUGAGUACAAAUGUGAAUCAGUGUUAAAACAUUAAUAUUAUUAAAAAAAAUCUUAAACUGAUUUUUUGUACCUUUAUUAUUAAGACAGGGUGCUAUAAAGUAAUGGUUUCAAUUGCAUCUAAAAGAAUAAAUUAACAUAGAAAAAUGUAUAAAGCAAUGUGUAUUUGUUGGAACAAAGUAUACAGUUUAUUAUUUUCUUCAAGUUCACAAUAAACUGUCAAAUUAUUCUGUACAAAAAUAUUACUUUACAGCCAAAAGUCAUAAAUUGCAGUUUGCACAGCAUUAAAAUAUUUGUAUAUGUGAACAGAUGUUAACAAUUCUGUCUUUUUUGCCUGUCAUCUUUAAUGCACAUUAUACUCUAUCAUUCAUCUACAUGAAAUUGAAGAAAAACUUGUACAUUGUAUCUGUUGUAUUUAGAAAGUUAAACAUAACAGCCUACAUUAACAAAUGUAACUACAAAAAACACAAUUUCCUGAUUUCUUUUGUUUGUACAUAAAUUAAAAUGUAAACUAAGUCUUGA